AUGGCAACGAGCUCUGGUGCAAUUCCUUUGAUCAACGUAGACACUUUCAAGAGGGUCCUCGGCUUGAGCGUCUUCGCCGUAGUUGCCAGGCCUCUGUGGAAGUGGUGGGCUGGGCCUGUCGUGAAGGCAAUCUUCGGCAAGCAUAUCAUCGGCCACAUUGUUUGCCAUAGAAUUCGAAACUCGCCAGAACAGAUCUUUCUUGUCCAAGAGACAGAAACUGAGGUACACCUAUGCGGAAACGUAACCUCCGGUACACCCGACCACGAGAUCGAACUAACACCAGAAGGGUCAAUGCUUCAGGCGGGAUGGCGCAAGUUAUUCGUACCUGCUGAGGAAAGUUCCGAGAGCUCGGAUAAACACUUCAGUGGUAGAGGUCAUUGGCCUAGCAUGACGCGCGUCACUGAGGCUGUCUGUGACCAGCCAACGAAUGGAGAGUUCAUCUUAUCGUCACCUCGGGUCCUUGUGGACUGUGAUACAACAUGCGCGAGCGCGGUCGAUUCUUGGAAAGCGCCAUACGAAAUCACCGAAGAUAUGAGAUUGCGAGAUCAAGAGAUGGGCUUCGGGCGAUCGAGGACAGAGCUGGUGAAGGAAUUCUUGCAGAGGAACUUCGAGGCUAACAAGUACUACAGGUUCUCUGGCGGAGAGUCCGGCGCCGACGUCUUCGAUCGUGUGGCCUCCUUCGGCGCGCAGCUCCAGCGAGACUUCGAAACGAAACCUUACGUGGAGAACUGCGUAAUCGUUUCACAUCGGCCAGUUCUCAGAGUCCUUAUUUCGCUUCUGUCCCCGAAGACGGCCGACGUCGACGCCCUGCUCGACCUGAGCAGUUCAGCUGGAGUUGUGGUCCUCAAGAAAAAGCCUCCUUCUGGCGAAUAUGAGUACGCGGUCUCAAGGGCUUUUGCUCAUCUGCAGGGUGUCGAAAUCCUUCUGAAGAAUUUCCGAUCUUCUCUUCUUGGCGUUUCGGUGUGA